GAAAAUUAAAACGUCUCGUAGUCUCCUCAACUGCCUCUCUGUAUUUUCUUUCUCUCUCUUCGAUAGCACUUCAGUCUCAUGUCCCUGCACUCGGAGUCUCUGAGGAAUGUAGACUUUUUCUCCCUCUCAUCCCUUCUCUCGCGCUCUCUCGUUUACGAUUUCCUCGGAAAACCCUAGCUUUGAAUCUCUGAUCUGAAAUCACUUCUCCGUGGACUCUUCUUCUACUCUUAGUGCCUUUUUCUUCUUUCCCGAGCCUCCAUUGUUGCUGUAUCUUCAUCACAAUGCCGGUUAAACGAACGCGCGUUGCGAGGUCUUCAAGCUUGGGAGAGAUCGGUUUUUUCAGCCAGGUGAGGCCGAUUGAUGCUCCGACAUCUAUGUGGGAAAAGAACGCAGCUCCGUCAGCUGCCAUUAAAAGACCGGUUCAGAAGUUCUCGAAGCCGUCAUAUGUGAAACCAGAGAAAUCUUGCCGAAAGAUUCUGACGAUUGCAUCUCCGGUUCGGGAUUCGAGCGUGGAGAAUCUUGAGUUUUGCUCUGAUGCCAAGGUUGGCAGGUUUCUUGAGGCAUGCUAUCUUUGCAAGAAGAAGCUUGGCGAGAGUGAUGAAGUUUUCAUGUACAGUUACUUGCGUGCAUUUUGUAGCUGCAAAUGUCGAGAUCAACAGAUGGCUUUAGACAGAGAAAUGGAGAAAUUUGCUGGAGAUUCAACGGAAAAUGCAGUUUUGAGACAUUGGGAGCAGAACUUGAAGGGCUGUUUUGGUGGUCAAAAGCCUCAAAUUGAGAAGGAUAUGGCUUCUUAGCUGCAUAUUAAACAGAAAUUUCUAUCUACUUUUCAGGUUUUCAUGGAAGAAGCACUGUUCACUUUUAUUUUCUCACCCAACAUGUAAAUUGGUCUUGUACAAAUGGACUUGCUGUUUAGGAUUUUGGACAUUCGCAUGAUAAUAUGAUAUUUCUACUCAAUAAUAUUGAAUUUGUGCA